AGGACUUUUAUUUUGAAAACACGCUUCUUCUAAGCUUCUGUUUGACGUUUGUCAGUACAGGAAGUUCUUCUAGUUAGUUGACAGCUUUCCUCAAUCGAUUAUCGGAAUAGAUUUCAGUUUUGUCCUACUGAAUAUGUAACAUAUCCUAACAUUUGUCUUACUGUAUUAUUAAGACCCAUUCUCGUUGAGGACUGCGGUUGGAGUGUGUUUUCGCUGAAUGUGUGUGUUUUUGGACGUGAAGCCGACAGACUCGUUGAGGACUGCAGUUUGAGUGUGUUUUCACAGAGUGAGUGAGUGAGUGAGUGUGUGUGUGUGUGUGUUUGUGGAGGUGAAGCUCUGGUUCUGGACUUACUGAACCCGGUGAGAAUGUCAUGUUCGCUGGAGAAGGUUUUGGGCGAUGCGCGGACGCUUCUGGAGCGGCUCAAAGAGCACGACACCGCGGCUGAGAGCCUCAUCGAGCAGUCCAGCGUCCUCGGACAGAAGAUCCACAGCAUGAAGGAGGUCGGAAACACUCUCCCUGACAAGUACAUGGAGGAGAACACCGAGUAUCAAGAGCUGUCCAGAUACAAGCCUCACGUCCUGCUGAGCCAGGAGAACACCCAAAUCAAAGAGCUCCAGCAGGAGAACAGAGAGCUCUGGCUCUCUCUGGAGGAGCACCAGUACGCCUUGGAGCUGAUCAUGGGCCGAUACCGCAAGCAGAUGCUGCAGAUGAUGAUGGAGAAGAAAGAGCUGGACACCAAACCUGUGCUCAGUCUUCACCAGAAUCAUGCCAAGGAGGUUCAAAGCCAGUUGGGACGGAUCUGUGAAAUGGGUCAAGUAAUGCGUCAAGCCGUACAGAUGGAUGACCAGCACUAUUGCUCUGUGAAAGAGCGACUGGCACAGCUUGAGAUUGAAAACAAGGAGCUCCGGGGUCUGCUGUCCAUCAGCUCUGUGAAGCAGCACAGAGAGGAGAAAAACCCACCGGAGACGACAUCUGAGACUGUGGAGAAACAGGAGUCCUAAUGGAGGAUAAUGUUACUUUAGACAGCAGUUUGUGCAUUUGUGUGUCAGCUGACCUGGUGUCCACUGACACUAAUAUCUCUAUUGGGUUUUCUAGUUUCCUUCAGAACUGUCCUGGCGGUGGUUUUAGCUCUCUUAUGUCCGAUCAUGCACUUUUUCUGAUGUUUAAUAUUAGAGUUAUUAAUAUUUUAGUUCAGGAAAGACCCAUGACCUCUUUGCUUUUAAUAAUAGACUCUUGAAUCGUUAGGCAGAUGUGUGUUAUAGAUCAUUUCUUUCUCUGUUUAUGUUUGAAUUUUCCAAAGAUGUAAGUGUUUUUAAUUUUAAAAUAAGCUUUUUUCGGUCUUAAAUUGAUUUGUAGCUUCACAUUCACUAGGUUUAGAGGGAUUGUGGAUA